AUGUUAGCCCGCCGCUGGAGCGAACUGAACUACACGACACGUUUCUCUGGUUGUAUCGUGUUGUUGUCACACAGGUGUUGUGUUCAGGUGUUCAGUUCUUUAAAAAGCUUUGUUUUUUAUUUAGUUCUCCGCUGUAAAAAGAGGGACAGCUGCAGUCCGCCCUGCUUCCUGGUUCACUACAGGUCACCACAACAGUCUGACUUCAGGAGUCCAGGCUGCUCCAUCCUAAGAUCCUGCAAGCUGGAGCCAGAUGAUGGACGGUCCUUCGGGGCAUUUUUCUUUCUCACCGUGAUCCUGAUAAACUCUCAUGGAGUGACGUCAGAGUUGGUGUGUUCUGAUCAGCCAAUCGUAGCCCUGGCUGGUGAUGAUGUCAUUCUACCGUGUCAACUUCAACCUGCAGUCACUGUCAGUUCUGAGAUGCUGCUGUGGACCAGACCUGGUUUGGACCCAAAGUACAUCCAUGUCCACAAAGAUGGACGACCAAUGUUAAUGGUUCAGAACCGAUCCUAUUAUAACCGCACAGCUGUGUUUGUGGAUCAGCUGAUGAACGGAAACGUCUCCCUGAAACUCUUCAGAGUGAAACUCUCUGAUGCAGGACGAUACACCUGCAUCAUUGAUUCAAAGCAGAUGGAAGCUUCUGUCCAGCUCACUGUGGGUGCUGCCUCCACACCUGUCGUUAACGUGGCAGGGACUGACAGAGUCAGAGGAGAAGUGGUUCUACAGUGUAAGUCUGCCGGCUGGUAUCCAGAACCUGAGGUGUUCUGGCUGGACGGUGAGGGAAACCUCCUCUCUGCUGGACCUACAGAGACAGUCAGAGGUCCUGAUGACCUCUAUACUGUCAGCAGCAGAGUGACUGUGGAGAAGAGACACAGCAACAGCUUCACCUGUAGAGUCCAACAGAACCACACCAACCAGACCAGAGAGGCACAGAUACAUGUUCCAGCUGAUUUCAUCACAGUUCAGUCCUCUUCUCCUUGGCUUUGGAUCAUUUUAAUUGUUAGCACUCUUUGCAUCAUCGUCAUUAUCAUACUGACCAUGAAAUGUUUCUUCUUCUGUUGGCGCACUGAUAUUGUGAGGAGGAGGAGGAGGAGGAGGAGGAAGAGGAGGAGCAGAGAAGAAACAGAACUCGAACUUCAGUCAAAGCAGGAGCAUCAAAUGAUGACUUUAAAACAUCUGAUCGAGAAAGGAAGAGAGUCACCCAUCGUCACUGGACAAAAGAAGAAACUGAAGAAGAAGGAAGACAUUGAAGAAGACCAUGAGAGUGAAGAAUAGUACCAUCAGUCAUGAGUAAACCUGCAGGCAGGUUUACAAGGUACAGAAGAAUUCAACUAUUACAAUUCAAAGAAAAUCUCCCACAUCAUCCUGCUGGUUUCGGGGUGUUGUCGACCAAAAUAUGUGUAAAAUUAAAUGAAAUAAAAAAUGUUGACCAUACAGCGCAAAUAACAUCAACAUAUUUAAUAUAACUACAGACACAACUUUUGACCAAUCUGAAUAUGAGGACUUGAUAAACACCAUCUAAAGAAUGUCUGUGUCAAUUUUGGUAAAAUUUCAGGUGGAGCUGCAGAUUUGUAGAAGUCUAUGAAUUUUUACAUGUUGAUGUUUUUGUGCUGUCAUCUUCACAGUAUAGACAGCUACAUGUGCACAGCAUUUAAGUCUAUGACAAAUACAUAUAUCCUAUUGCAUCUUAUUGUAACCUAUGGUACAGUAUGGUGUGGUAUUUUCCUUCACCAUGCACAUUUGGAAGUUGUGUCAGAAACUCUUCUCUGCUUCAGAAGGCACAACUACCAGGAGGAGGGAGAAAGAAGAGUAAAAUAAGCUUAAUUUCAUCACCGACUUCUGCAUUUUACUGCAUGUAAAUAUUUAUGUACUGUGAAUCUGGGAAUGUAUAUUAUUUUGUUUAGAUAUAUUUGUUAACCUUGUGGUUUGUGUUGAACUGUAUCUCCUGUCAUCCUGUAACAAAACACUGCAGUCUGAUUCUCUGCAUGUGCAGAUUAAAUUGAUCUUGAUAUUGUUUCUGGAUGAUCAGAUUCUCCCAUCGUAUGUUUUUACUUUCAUACUUUAUAUUUUGACUUUGUUGCAGCUUUUGAUGAAUAACUGCAAUAAAACAAAGCUUCCUGAGGA